UCUCUCGCUGGCACCGUUUGGGGAGUUUGAAUACUUGUCCGUACUGGUCUGAUCUGUCUGUGGAAGAGGAGCAUGGAGGAGGACAACAAAUACACGUCCAAACUGUCGCCCACUGUGGACCACUGGGCAGGCAUGUACCUAGUGGUGAUAGCGGUGCUGUCGGUCCUGGGUAAUGCUGCGGUCUUGGUGACCUCAGCACUCCGGCCAACUCACCUCAAGGCCCCGGAGCUCCUUACAGUCAACCUGGCGGUGACAGACAUAGGCAUGGCUCUCAGCAUGUACCCCCUGUCCAUCGCCUCACUCUUCAACCACGCCUGGAUUGGAGGGGACUUCUCCUGCCUGUACUAUGGCCUGAUGGGGAUGAUUUUCAGCACGGCCAGCAUCAUGACCCUGGCUGUCAUGGGUCUGGUACGAUACCUGGUGACAGGAAACCCACCCAGAACAGGCAACAAGUUCCAGCGUCGGACCAUCACCAUGGUGAUCAGUUUGAUCUGGCUGUACUCUGGGCUGUGGGCUGUGUUCCCUCUCUUGGGCUGGGGCGGCUACGGACCGGAGCCCUUCGGAGUGGCCUGCUCUGUGGACUGGGCAAGCUACCAAGACUCCCUGAACCACUCUACCUUCAUCAUGUCUCUGUCUAUCUUCUGUACCUUCAUCCCCUGUCUCGUCAUCCUCUUCUCCUAUUCCGGCAUAGCCUGGAAACUCCACAAGGCAUACCAGUCCAUCCAGAAUGGAAGCUUCAACUACGGACACAUCGAGAGGAAAGUCACUCUGAUGGCGGUGUUGAUCAGCUCAGGGUUCAUCGUGGCUUGGUCUCCCUACGUGGUGCUCAGCUUUUGGUAUAUGUUCCAGGGGAAGGCCAGUCUGGCCCCGCUGGUCUCCCUGCUGCCCUGCCUGUUCGCUAAGGGCUCCACGGCCUACAACCCUUUUAUCUACUACAUCUUCAGACGCUCCUUUAGACGCCAGCUCAUCCAGCUUCGGGGGCUGAUCUGCUGCUCUGCCCAGCCAGACACACCUUCGAGUGGGGAGACGGGAGAGGAGGGCAGACAGACUUUGAGGUCUGACCUACGACAGAGUCUCCCGGAAGAGAAGAGUGGUGCUCCUCUGGUAGGGGAGUUGGGAACUGCGGUGCUGGAGAUACAGUCUGAGAAUGAGUUGACAAGCUCCUGUUAAUACUGUGUGUGUGUGUGUGUGUGCAUGCACGUGUGUGCGUCUGUUACAGGGUUACAAAUGGAUGUGGUGUGAGUUAUUUAGCUGUGUUUCUUCACUGUCAUUCUAUAUUGGACACACUUAUAGAUCAAACCCUGGUCCUCACCACAUCGCUAGCAAAGGUAACAUUUUACUUUAAGCCAACAGACAUAAUGCAUUAUGAUGCAGUCAUAAAGAAUUGUAAAACGUAUCAUAAGCAUGUCCUGGCUAAAUACCAGCUGCAGAGACUGUUGGAUGAAUGCUGCCUAGGCACAUCACAUAUUAUACUGUAUUUAUCAUAAUAAGGCAUUAUAAGGGCUCAUACGUGUUUAUAAAACGUUGUAAAGCAUUGUGUUUGUCAACGUUUGCUUGUAAAGUUCACUAUUGUUAAAUGUUGUUGUGAGGUACUGUAGCAUUGAACUUAACCUUCACUAUGGCCAUACUUCUGGUACCUUACUUUGUUUUCAGAGUUUUUGUUGGAUAGUGCAGCAUUGUAGCUAUUAUGUGGUCAUUUUGACCAUCCCCAUGCCUACAGUGUUCUGUGUGUCUGUCCCCACUCAGGAACCAUCAGGAUAGUAGAGCAAAUCUGGCACCCUAUUCCCUACAUCCUCCACCAUCUUUUAUUCAGAGCCCUAUGUAGCUAACAUUACUCCUACACGACUCUGGUUGUAAACUAUUUCAGGAUUAGAGGGAAUAGUGUGCCAUUUUGGAGGCUGCUGGAAACUUCAGGAAGUGAUUUCUAUUCCCAGGUGACUCACAUUCUGACCUUGUUUGUA